AUGUCUUCCAGCUCUUCGAUUAAUUCUUCCUCGAAUAAAAUUCUUCCGGAAGACCACCGUGAGUCCUCGGAGCUGAGCUCCUCUUCUUCAAACCCUCAGCAGUCAAGUUCAUCACGGGAUGAAAGCAAUCUUCCCCAAUUAGUUCGUAAGAACUCUAAAUCUGCGGAAGCUAGCAGCAGCUGUGCUAGAGUCAGAAUUGAAGCUACCGAAGAUCUGACUGCAGAGGCUCGCGAAACGGAGGCUCGGGCUGGACCGAACGUUGAUGCUAACACCCCCGAGAUCAAGGAGAUCGAGGAAGAAUUUCAGGGGGAGAACGUUGCUGAUACUGAAGUCGACAACAUUGAAGCGGUUAUUCAUGCUUCGCCACCACUUCCGAGGCGGAAAGUAGUUCGUCCCGACAACGUGCCCUCUUGUUCCCUUUCUCCUGGUGCCGUUCGAGUCGUGCUCGAGGCAAACGGUCUUGCGGACAAGAUUAUUUUCAUCAUUCCGGAGGCUAGAGAUCGGCCGUGGGACGCUCCCGAAGGCUUCUUUUGCGUCUACCUGACGUACUUCACUCAGUGCGGGCUUUCUUUCCCCAUUCCCUCUCGCCUACUGGGAUACUGCAACCGGCGCGGCGUAGCUCUCACACAGGUGAUGCCGGCCUCAAUAACGAACUACGUUGGGUUCGUUUCCUUAUGCGACGAGCUUGGCGAAGUCCCAUCGAGUCGAAUUUUCGAAGACCUCUUCUCGGUCAAUAUCCAUAAGUCCAAGGAGUGGUUCUUCGCCGCCAAUGCCAAGCCGAAGAAGAAUUUAGUUAUGGGACCUAAGCCCAGUAAAUUCAACGAUUGGGAGUCCCAGUACUUCUAUAUUGAAAUGAACGAUCUCACCGUCAGCAAUUCUGACAUCGCAAUUCAGUCGAAUUGGAAGAUUCCGAUUGGUCGUCAUCUUCCGAGUCUCCUUCUCAACUCCGGACUCACCUCUGAGUUCGAAGAAGCAUUCAGCGAAGCCGAUAAACGUCGUUGGCCGGAGGCUCCGUUCGAGAACCAAAACCACGCAAGCCGAGAACUUGAGCUAGCAAGCCUCGAACCGCUCCCAAACGCCAAUCACUGA